AUGGACAUCAAAAUGAAGGCCAUCACAAUAGACAGCAAAGGCCACUUACAUAAUACUAAAGGGAUUGCUCCAAUAAGGGGCUGUAACCCUGGAUGGGGUUACUUGGUCAAAAGAUAUGGACAUAGUUGGUCAAUACAGACUGGGGCAAAAGUCGAAAGGAUUGUAGACAAAAGAAAGAACAAGAAAGGAAAAUGGGAGUACCUCAUCCGAUGGAAAGGCUACGGGAGCACAGAGGACACGUGGGAGCCAGAGCACCAUCUGCUGCACUGUGAGGAGUUUAUCGAUGAAUUCAAUGGGCUGCACCUGUCCAAGGACAAGAGGAUCAAGUCAGGGAAGCAGGCCAGCGCCUCUAAGCUCCUGCGCGACAGCCGAGGCCCAUCGGUGGAGAAACUCUCCAAUAGACCUUCAGAAUCUGGGAAGAGCAAGGGGACUUCUCAUAAACGGAAGCGAAUCAACCCUUCCCUGUCCAAGCCGAAGAAAGGGUAUCCGGCCAAGCCCACUGCGGCAGGUGACAGGGCCGCCAAGACGGUGUCUUACAGGACUACCCCCAGUGGUUUGCAAAUAAUGCCCUUGAAAAAGGCUCAGAAUGGAAUGGAGAACGGGGACACUGGAUCCGAGAAGGACGAGAGGCACUUUGGAAACGGGUCCCACCAGCCCGGCUUGGAUUUGAAUGACAUUGGAGAGCAAGACCUGGGCGAGUGUGACAUCAACCAUGCGGCACUGGCAGAGAACGGGCUCGGCUCUGCUCUGACCAACGGGGGAUUAAACAUGCACAGCUCGGUGAAGAGGAAGCUGGACACGGAGAAGGACUACGUCUUUGACAAGAGGCUCAGGUACAGCGUCCGCCAGAAUGAAAGCAACUGUCGGUUUCGGGACAUUGUCGUGCGGAAGGAAGAGGGGUUCACACACAUCCUGCUGUCCAGUCAGACCUCAGACAACAACGCGCUGACCCCUGAGAUCAUGAAGGAGGUCCGGCGAGCUCUCUGCAACGCGGCCACAGAUGACAGCAAACUGCUACUCCUCAGUGCGGUGGGCAGCGUGUUCUGCAGCGGCCUGGAUUACUCCUACCUAAUUGGCCGGUUGUCCAGCGACCGGAGAAAGGAGAGCACCCGCAUUGCAGAAUCCAUCAGGGACUUUGUGAAGGCCUUUAUCCAGUUUAAGAAGCCCAUCGUGGUGGCAAUCAACGGGCCCGCCCUGGGCCUGGGUGCCUCCAUCCUGCCCCUCUGCGACAUCGUGUGGGCCAGCGAGAAGGCCUGGUUUCAGACCCCCUAUGCCACCAUCCGCCUCACGCCCGCCGGCUGCUCCUCGUACACCUUCCCCCAGAUCCUGGGUGUCGCGCUGGCCAAUGAGAUGCUCUUCUGUGGGCGGAAGCUCACUGCCCAGGAGGCUUGCAGCAGAGGACUGGUGUCCCAGGUCUUCUGGCCAACCACGUUCAGCCAGGAGGUCAUGCUACGGGUCAAGGAGAUGGCGUCCUGCAGUGCACUGGUGCUGGAGGAGUCGAAAUGCCUUGUCCGCAGCUUCCUGAAAUCGGUGCUUGAAGAUGUGAAUGAGAAAGAAUGCCUCAUGCUGAAGCAGCUCUGGAGUUCCUCCAAAGGCCUGGAUUCCCUGUUCAGCUACCUGCAGGACAAAAUUUACGAAGUUUGAAGGGCCCCGGCUCACUUGCCGCAGUGAUCAAGGGCACUUGACUUCCAGCUUUGCCCUGUGUUUCAGAAAUCGGAGCCCAGUGUAAGCCCGGCCAAGGAGUUUGUCAAGGUGUCUCUAUACCUAGGGUUGUGUUAAUUUCUUUGUUUGCGUUGGUUGUUCUUCAUUGGUUUGACUUUGUGUAACAGAUGGGAAAUGCAGUAUACUUGGCCUCCCCAGUGUCCCUACCCCGCUGGCUAGAGAGCUAUGAGGGCUAUAUCUUCCCAGGCCUCUGCCAGGUACUGUUCUGCCCCCACUUGUUGAAAUACACCAUCCAAGUCCAGGAAGGGGAAGACCAGUUUCCCCAUUUUUCUGACUCAGACUGUGUCUGCACAGUGCCUCUUCUGGAGACUGGGCCAGCAUGCUCGUUCUGGUUAAGUGCAGAUCCGGGGAAGGGAGACGGUCCAUCUUAGGGAAUUUCCAGACUGAAGAGCAAAACAAUUGUGUAGAGCCAUCCUCAGUCUCCUCUCUGAUGCAAAUCUGUAUAACUUUUAGGGCUUGGUCUUAAAACCCACCCGAGUGAUUUACAAAACCAGAUAUUGUAUAUUUAGGAAUGUUUUGUUAAAUAUAUAUUUUUAAAACAAUGUAAGUGGAAAUUCUGAUAAUUUAUGUGUAUUAUAUGUAAAGCUAGUUUUGCAAAAACAUAAACUCCUAGGAAAAUGUUUUUUUUUCUUUAA